AUGUCUGACAUAGUUAAACCAAGCAGUGACCAAGAAGCUGUCCUUAAUGAAUCAAUAGAAGCUACCCCUUAUGGUACAGUUGAAUCAACUGGAGUCAAAAAGAAGACGACAUCUUACUUUAACGUACUCUUCAGUGGAUUUGCUCUGCUUUCUGAUGGGUAUCAGUCAGGUGUGAUCAGUUUUGUUAAUUUAUUCCUGGGUAAAAUCUAUGGAUCGGAUGUGUUUAAUGCUACUAUGAAGUCUCGUCUGUCUUAUUCUAUGUUUGUCGGCGCUAUUGUUGGUCAACUAGGUUUUGGCCUUGUCAUUGAUCGUAUUGGUCGAAAGAUCGGUUUGGUUUUGACCACAUUCCUUGUCAUCUUAGGUGCUGCUUUAUCUGCUGCUUCAAGCGGAAAGGAUCCUACUGGUUUACUCUGGAUGAUGAUCAUCUCUCGUGGUGUCCUUGGUGUGGGUGUAGGUGGUGAAUACCCCUGUAGUUCAGUCUCUGCUGGUGAGUCUGCUGAUGAAGUGGCGCCCGGAAGACGUGGUGCUCUCUUUGUGCUGGUAACAAACUUUGUGAUUGAUGCGGGUUAUGUUGUCUCAGCUAUCGUACCUGUCAUUUUGCUUGCAAUCUUUAAGGAUAACCUUGAGCCAGUUUGGCGUCUCUGUCUUGGUCUAGGUAUUGUUCCUCCACUCUCUGUCUUGUACUUCCGUCUCAAAAUGGCCGAUUCAGAACGAUAUCGUACAAGUGCUCUGCAAAAGCGCGUACCCUAUUGGUUGAUCAUCAAGAGAUACUGGUUCCGUAUCUUGGUUGCAUCCGGUUUAUGGUUCAUUUAUGACUUUAUCUCUUAUCCCAGUGGUGUAUUCUCAUCCGUCAUUAUUGACAGCGUUGCCAGUGGAGAAUCAACCAUUGAAGUCGUUGCCUGGAACAUUCUCCUUUUCUCAUUCUAUCUUCCUGGUGCUCUUCUAGGUGCCUUGUCUGUUGACAAGAUUGGCCGAAGAAAGACAUUGACACUCGGUUUAUUGCUUCAAGGCGUUGUUGGUUUGAUCCUUGGAGGUGUCUACAAUCUGAUCUCAAAAAACUGUCUACCCAUGUUUAUCAUUAUGUACGGUAUCUACUUAGCUUUAGGCGAAUAUGGUCCAGGUGAUACAAUGGGAUUAAAUGCUACUGAAAUGUUCCCUACAGCUGUUCGUGGUACAUGUUACGGAAUUGCUGCUGCUAUUGGUAAAGUAGGUGCUACCGUGGGUACACUUGCCUUUGUGCCAAUGCAAGAAGCCAUGGGAGGAUAUAGAGGACCUUUCUUGGUGGGUAGUGGUAUUGCUAUUGUAGCAGGUAUCCUUGCCUGGUUUGUAGUACCUGAUAUUGGACCCGAUGGUUUAGUUCAGGAGGAUGCUGACUUCCGUGAGUACUUGAUGCAGCAUGGUUAUGAUGUAUCCCAGUUGGGCGUGCGCAAACCUGUAGACGUCAUUCACGAUAACUCCAAAACUUCUACUUCUAUUCAUUCCAACGAAAACAGAUUGUAA